AUGGCGAUUCCUGAGGACAUCAGACUCGAAGCAGGCCACUACCUUACAUAUCUCCACAAUUACUUCAUUCUGACCGCCACUUCGUCGUUUAUCCAGGAGUUUCCCUGGAUUAACAUCAAAACGAAGCUAUUGGACGACGAGACAGGCAAACGUGUUUGGAUUGAUACCAGACACGAAGCCGCUGGUUGCUCAGUAGAGAGUCACGAGUUCGUUAUUUCCUCCCCAUCCCUCUACCGACUUUCCGGUGAGGAGUAUCAGCCCGUGUGGAUUUUAUUCAAAGGCAAGUGGGGGUGCUCCACUCGCUUGUCCGUGGUCGCGCACUGA